GCCUGCUGCUGUUCCCGGUGCGGCCUGCAGGCGGCAGCCCAGAAAUCGGCCCGACUCUCCUCAGCGGGGCUCCCGGUGGCCGCCUCGUACCAGCCCGGAGGAGGGAACCAAAGCCCAGCAGCCUCGGCAGCCGCAGCAGCAACAGCCGCCGCCCCAGCCCCAGCGGGAGGAGAUGCGAUGACAACGUCCGCCCUGCAGAAAGCCAUUGAUUUGGUCACAAAAGCCACCGAGGAAGAUAAAGCAAAGAACUAUGAAGAGGCUCUGCGGCUCUACCAGCAUGCAGUGGAGUACUUCCUUCACGCCAUCAAGUAUGAUGCUCACAGUGACAAGGCCAAGGAAAGCAUCAGGGCAAAAUGUGCACAGUACCUGGACCGGGCUGAGAAGCUGAAGGAUUAUCUGCGGAACAAGGGCAAGCAGAGCAAAAAGCCUGUCAAAGAAGCCCAGAAUGACAGCAAGGGGAGUGACAGUGACAGUGAGGGCGACAAUCCUGAGAAGAAGAAGUUGCAAGAGCAGCUGAUGGGUGCCAUUGUGAUGGAGAAGCCCAACGUGCGGUGGAAUGACGUGGCUGGGCUGGAAGGAGCUAAAGAGGCUCUCAAGGAAGCGGUCAUCUUGCCCAUCAAAUUCCCUCACUUAUUCACAGGUAAGCGCACUCCAUGGCGAGGGAUCCUCCUCUUUGGCCCUCCUGGUACUGGGAAGUCUUACCUGGCCAAGGCUGUAGCAACUGAAGCAGGCAACUCCACCUUCUUCUCCAUCUCCUCUUCAGACUUGAUGUCCAAGUGGCUAGGGGAGAGUGAAAAGUUGGUGAAGAACCUCUUUGAGCUGGCCAGGCAGCAUAAGCCUUCCAUCAUCUUCAUUGACGAAGUGGACUCUUUGUGCGGCUCUCGCAAUGAGAAUGAGAGUGAGGCAGCCCGCAGGAUCAAGACAGAGUUCCUGGUACAAAUGCAAGGCGUCGGGAAUGACAAUGAUGGCACGUUGGUCUUGGGUGCUACCAACAUCCCCUGGGUGCUGGAUGCUGCCAUUCGGCGAAGGUUUGAGAAACGUAUUUACAUCCCGCUUCCCGAGGAGCCGGCCAGGGCUCAGAUGUUUAAGUUGCACCUUGGCAACACGCCGCACAGCCUGACAGAAGCCAACAUCCACGAAUUAGCCCGGAAGACUGACGGCUAUUCAGGGGCUGACAUCAGCAUCAUUGUGCGCGAUGCCCUCAUGCAGCCUGUCCGCAAGGUGCAGUCGGCCACACACUUCAAAAAGGUCCAUGGACCAUCCCGCACCAAUCCUGGCACGGUGAUAGAUGAUCUGUUAACCCCUUGUUCCCCGGGAGAUCCUGGUGCUAUUGAAAUGACAUGGAUGGAGGUACCUGGGGACAAGCUUCUGGAGCCUAUAGUCUGCAUGUCAGACAUGCUGCGCUCACUGGCCACCACCCGCCCCACCGUGAAUACAGAGGAUCUGCUAAAGGUGAAGAAGUUCACUGAAGACUUUGGCCAGGAGGGCUAACGCUGUGUCUCUGGGGAGCAGCGGUGAUGGGGGGCAUUUUACCACGGACGUGUGUGUAGACAAGGCCCUUUGUGCUGACAGUGGACUGUGCCAAGCAGAGGUUAGCAUCCAGCUUACUACUGAAUCUGUCUCUGCUUGGAGCACCCGUUUGGCUGGGGAAGGAAGAGGAUGAGGUGACACGGCCUCCAUUGCUACUCUGGGAGAUGGACACAAAGGGGAGAAGGCUGAGCCCAGCCCGCUCUGGUUUUUCCCCAUCCAGACACCCCUGCCUUCAUGGUUGCUCUUUCAUUCCCCCCCCCCUUUAACGCUGCUUGGCUUGUUUAUAUACAAAUAAAAACAAUCCGAAACUUCCACUAUACCGCAACCCUUUUUUCCUGAGACCCCUUCCAGCUCCUGUGGAAGCAACACCUGGUGCCACCCCGAAGAGAAAACCGAACUGGCUUCACCUAAGGCCAUUGCUUACUCCCUGAAAUCUGAAAUGCUGCACUUCCAAGCUUGAGCCGUACUUUGAAGAGUGUGACCUUCUUCUGGCUCAGCCAAAGUGGCAGGAAGCUCUCCCAGUGAGAAGUCCACUCCAAGGCUUAACUAAUGCUCAGCUCUCUCCUGGAGUUGAGGUACUCAUGUUGGAAGUGCUGUCCAAGAAGCUUACUUUGCCAAGGCCUGAUCUGUUGCAUGGCUUGAGGUACGGUAUCUGAAAAUGUGCUCUGCCCCACAGGAUGCUGUGUGGUGCAGAAUUUGUUGCCCUUCAGCUUUGUAGCGUUUUGCAUGUGUGGCACAGAAAAAGCAGGGGAGCAGAGCAGAGAUGAGGAGGGCUGCAGCUCCAAGCCCCUCAGCCUUAUCCUGGCACUGUGGCUCAACCCAGCAAGCCUGCUGCUUCUCAGAAAGGGAUGACGUCUUUGCUCUUCCAGCUGUGGCACAAGAGGUGACGUACUAAGGAAUGCAAACUGGGCACCUGUCAGCACACAGAUGCUGGCAAAGUCCUGCAAAGGAGAUGGAGCUGCCUUUGCAGCAGCAACAUGUAGGAGAUCUGCCCACCAUUACUCCCCCAUGGCUCUUUUGCUCAUGGUUGGGCCUCUGCUGGGGUGUCUCUGCUGCAAUCUGGGGCUCUAGAGUGUGUUUUUUAAAAAUCCAUGCCAUGGGGAGGCAAAGGACUCAUUUAUUCCACCCCAUUGGCUCUAGGCAAUGGCUCUUGUGCCACAAGUGGAGGAGGCUGACAAUGCUCAAGCAUAGGCUUCUACUCACAGCAGGGUUUUUGCUUCCCUGAAGGUAACUGCCGAUUCCUAAUUCAACAAAUCCACCUUUCUCUGCCACUAAAGCUACUUUCCUGUGCUUUAGUCUUCUUGUCUUAGUACUACUGAGGAAGGCAUGUAGGGGUGGGCGGGAGCUCUUGGUCUCUAGAAAUUCAAGUGAAUAGCUGUGAGAACCUCUUAACUGUCAAGGGGUUUAACGGCCUGUACACCCCCUGCCCCCCUUUUCUGUCACAUGUACAUAAUUUUGAGUUGAUUCCAGUGUGGGGAGGGGCAGUUUAUGGAAGAAUAAAGUGUUGAAAAUA